AUGAGGGGAUAUGCGCAGUUUGAUCCUCAAGUGACCAUUUUCCCUUUACCUAAAAAAAAUACCCCCUCUCAACAUUUAAUUCAGAAAAAAGAAGUUAAACAACUCCAGCUGCAAUCCCUUGAAUCAGCUUUGUCUUAUGUGACGGGCGCUUCUAUCGAUUCUUUGGGAGAUAAUGGUCGAACAAGCACAGUUUCUAUUCGUGGUGGGAAAGCAAAACACACGUUGGUUUUGCUUGAUGGUAUUCCUUUAAAUAGCCCUGAAGGACAAAGUGUUUUCGAUUUUGGGACACUCAGUGCCUAUAGCUUCGAGAGUAUUUUGUUGGAAAAAGGGUCUCAAUCUGUACGCUAUGGUCCGCAAGCUAUGGGAGGUUUCGUUCAUUUAUCGACUCUUGCAAGUAAGAGUCAUUCAGAAUCCCCAAACCUCCUUUUUCAUGGGGAGACUGGAAAUGAUCACACGUUGAGAGGGCAUAGUAAAAUUCACCAUACUUUUGAAAAUGGGAAAGGCGCUUUUCAAAUGAGUGCCGGUGCACAUACCCAAGGAAAAGGGUCGUUUAUUAACAAAAAACAUGGAAAUGAACAGGCAGACGAUUUUUCAGGCUAUGAAGGAAUUUUUUCACUGCGUUUAAAUCCAACAUCUCAUGCUCGGAUUACGGUCACUUCUUUUUGGCAACAAGAUAGCUUGAGAAUAGAUGAUGGAGGUAAAGCCCCGCCUGUGAUUUCAGAUCAAGUUCAAGAAACGCGCCGUUUAGCUUUGGGAGUCACGGGACAGUUUGAUUCUCCGCACCAUCGUUGGACACACAAAGUUCAAGGGCUCUAUUUUCGAGGGAAAUAUCGAGUUUCAAAAGAUAAUCCUCUGUUUGCGGCGCAUAGUCAUAACAUUGUGGCACGCUAUGAACUAACAGGGGAUGUGUAUUGUGGGCAUAGGCUCACAACAGGUUUAGAGUGGCGAUCUCAAUCGUUAGAAAACUCUUUUGAUUCAGACCAUUCGAAUCGAUCUGGGGCAGCUUAUGCUCUCUAUGAGUUUGAGCCAUGGGAGCGUUGGCGUAUGAAUUUGGGGGUGCGUCAUGACCAUCCUCAAGAUUUUAAAAAUGUUACAACGUGGCAUGUGAAAGGGCAGUAUGAGGUUUCAGGCAACACAACGCUUUACGGGCGUGUUUCUACAGGGUUUAAGACCCCGUCUCCUGAAGAUAUUAUUGGGGGAAAUCUUGCAAAGGCAAACGCUGAUCUCAAACCAGAAUAUAGUGUGCAUGUAGACCUUGGCCUUUCUCAUCAAAUGAUGCGAAAUACUUCUUUUUCUGGAGCGCUAUUUUUCCUUUCCUUAAAAGAUCUAGUGGAAGGAGUGCAGUUAGACGAUGGUACUUGGCAGGCUCAGAACUCAAAUCGCAAGGCUUAUGGCAUCGAGCUUUCUAUGACGCAUAAAGUUGGAAAGCUUUCUUUUGAUGGAAAUUAUACGUUAACAUUGGCCAGGAAUGGAUUUGAUAAUAACCACCAACCGCGACGUCUUCCACGUCAUGUUGUUGGAGGAACUGUGAAAUACACCUUUGAUCAGGAAAAGGCAGUGGCAUUUGCACAGUUAACAUAUACAAGCUCGACAAGAGAUCGCAUUGCCAUUUUGAAGAAAAAUACCAUUCUUCCAGAGAUUUGGAAAGUUCGUUUGGGGGGACAUUAUCAAAUUACUCCCAGAAUGAAGAUUUUUGGUCGAAUCGAAAAUGCAUUGAAUCGAUCUUUUGAAAAUUCUUUUGGAUAUGGACAUAAAGGGCGCACCUUAUAUCUCGGCUUAGAGGCUAAGUUGUGA